UUUUUAAAUCAUGUAAAAGAAGAAAAUCUACUGUAAUUCCUUACUUUCUUAAUAUAUUUUUACUGUAUGCUGUCUUCUGAUUGGCUAAUAACUGAAAUUGCUCAAAUGCUUCUGAUUGUCUCGUCCCCAAAUUAGUCUCGCCGGUAAUAUCAAUUAUGGUCGUAAGAAGCCUAGAUCAUAGUCUUAGGUUUUCAGAAGCAAUAAAUAUCAAGUUUACCACCAUUUGUAACGUUUCCUCUAAAACAGAAAUGAGGAGAAUCUUGAUAUUAUGUCAGAAACCUAAUAAUUGUUUGACUGAGCACCCUAUCGCUUCAUUUAUGUGGUCUAUUUGAAGACUUACCAAUCGUUCUGUUUGGCCAUUGGAUUAUUGCUUCUGAAACCCUGGGACUAUGAUCUAGGCUUCUUACGACCACAAUUGAUAUUACCUGAUAUGAACUCAUCUAGUAAUGUGUGGUAUCACUCUGUGAAAGAAAAAAAUUGUAAAGUGGCAAUGUUUUAUUAUUCUUGCAGGAAAAGCUUUAUGAUUGUUUUGAAUAUUGUCUUUGUUACAUCAAUGAAAUUAUCAUCAAACGGAAUUAUUCUUUCUAUAAGUGUUCAGAUAUCUUGCUUUCUGUUAAUCCAUUGAUUUUCACAGUCUUAUGUAAUUACAGCAUAUACUAUGUAUGAUUUUGUGGAUUUUGGAGUAAGAUUCGGUUGCCUACACUAUUUUCAGCUCAUAAAGAGGUUUAACCAGGCGUAGUAACAGAAGUAACGAUUUAAUUACUUCCUUGUUUGAAGUUCCUUUUGUAUAUCAACUUUUGUCCUUAUAGACAAGUCCUUAUAUCUGGUUUAUAUUACACCGGUAAAUAUGAAUGAGAUGAUCCAAAUUGUUUUUAAUUUUGAUAGGAGUUUUCGAUUUUUGAUUGCUGUUUCAGCGUAUUAUUCAAAAUGUGUCACUUGAGGUGUUCUUUCAUCUGUUUUUUUAUGCGACUAUUUAGAAUGCUUUAAAGCAUCUACAUCUUCAUCAUGUUAAGAAUAUAUAAUUGGUUGACAAGAUGCAGUUUAUCGCCAUAUCACUUCGCAUUGAGAUUUUACUCUAAAAAUCAGUGGCUUUUUAAUGAAUGUGACCUGUCUGAAAUGUAUGUACUUGGAAGUGGUCCAGGUGGUCAGUCAAUUAACACGACUGCCAAUUGUGUGGUCUUAAAACACAUUCCCACAGGUAUCAUGGUGAAGUGUCAGGAUAGUAGAGAGCUGGAGAGAAAUCGUGAAUUAGCGCGUCAAAGAUUAAAUGAUAAAUUAGAUGUACACUUUAAUGGGGAAAAUAGCCGAAUUCAACAACUUCGUCAUCGAGAAAAGUCGAAAGAACAUCAACUUUAUCUACGGUCUAAAAGACGUCUUGCUGCAAAACAAGCGUUUAAAAGUACUGUAGGUUUGAAAAAAAACAGUUUGUUGAUUCAGAAUGAUGUGAAUAUCGGUUUAAAAGAUGACACCUAGUUAUGUGAAUGACUAGGUAGAAUUAUCACUUAUCCUAAUAAUAUCUCGCUGUUGAUGUCCUUUUGCAAUAUGAACUGAUGCAUAUAUUUGUCAGGUUUUAUGUUGCUUAUGACUGAAUGUAGAUUUUCACCUGUUAUAUUUAUGUGGUUACCUUACCUUUUGUACAGUGUUGUAAAAGUUAGAACACACUAAAGACUUUUGCUUUCUAUUGUUGUCAUUAAUCAAUAUCGUUUGUCUGGAAAAACCCUACUUCAAUUUGUAUCACGUAAUUAAAUGAUCUCAG